GGCAAUCGGUGCAUUUAACCCCUUUCUUUCACCUUCGGCUUCAAACGGUUCUCUCCGAAACACAGCGAACGUCGAUGGAGCAGCAGGUGAGGAGCGUUUGUGAGCUCUCUCUGGACGCAGAGAAGCCUCUAUGUCUCCAGUUCAUGGCUUCAAUGAGGUCGCUCAUCGUCAACCCUCACACUUCCAAUUCCACAAUCUCUUCAACCCUCGAAAUCCUAAUUCGCUCUCUUCAACACGCCGGCGACUCGCCCCUCCGCCACCACGCUCUUAAACUACUCGACGAUAUUGCGUCCCUUCGUCCUUCUCUCUCCACCGCUGUCUUCGAUGGCCUCCGUUCCAGCUUCUACUCGUCGCUCUCCGCGGGAUCAUCCACCUUCGCUUCCGAGAUACUGGCCACGCUCGCUUCGUUGUCGGAUAAACACGGGAAUCCAGAAAUCGAGCUCGACGAUCGGAUAUUUGUCUCGCUGUGCUUUCUACCGUCGGUCACCGGGCGGCUGCAACUUCUCACGAAUGCGGAAAGGCUAGGGAUAGGUGCUUCCGUGUUGUUCACUGUGUUCUUCGGUUUGACGAAGGAUCCUUAUCCUUAUGUGAGGAAAGCUGCAUUGGACGGCCUAGCUGGAUUAUCAAGAUGCAACGAGUUCGAGGAUGUUGGCUUGAUCGAAGGAUGCUUCCGUCGAGCUGUUGAGCUUCUGCGGGAUGCCGAGGAUUGUGUGCGUUCUGCAGCGGUUCGCGUGGUAAUUGAGUGGGGUACAAUGCUCUUCGCAGCCCAUAAAGAGAAAGAUACAAUGGGGAAUGUUGUAUUUAUUCAGCUGUGUUGUGUAGUGAGAGAUAUGAGCGUGGAGGUCAGAGUUGAAGCAUUUAAAGCCCUUGGCAAGGUAACCGAGUCCAUGGUAUCUGAGGAGAUUUUGUUACAGAGUCUGUCUAAGAUCACAGGGGCCUUGGAAAAGAAGAUUGCUCAAGCUAAGUCAUCCGAAGGAAAGAAAGAAAAUAGAUCUCAAGCUCAACUGACUUCGAGGGUGCUUCAAAUGUUUGCAUCAAAUGGUGCGGGAGCCUUUCUGCAUGGGCUUGAGGAUGAGUUCCACGAGGUGGUGAAGUCUGCCUGUUGCUCAUUGCGGAAGCUGGUCCACCUUUCUGCUGAGUUUGCUGCGCAGGCCUCGAAUCUGUUAAUCAAUAUGCUGAAUGAUCACACAGUAGCUGUCAGGUUAGAAGCUUUGGAAACGUUGCAUUAUAUGGCGGGACAUGGUUUUGUUAAUGUACAAAAGGAGCAGAUGCACAUGUUCCUCGGAACACUUGCUGAUAAGAGUGAUAUAAUCAGAUAUGCUGCCAGAAGAACUUUCAGAUCGGUUAAGCUAUCUGAAGUGGAUUGUUUUAGGAGCUCAGUUAGCAGCCUUCUAAAAAAUUUGGAGGUGCAUCCCCAGGAUGAAGCUGAUACCUUCUCUGUUCUGUUUCAUUUGGGUCGAAACCAUGGAAAUUUUGCUUCACAAGUGAUCAAUGAUGUUUGCGACCAGGUAAUCAUCUGUUUUCCCCCUAACAAUGGCACUUUCUUCAUUUGUAUUCCUCAUUCUGAUUUCUGGCAGCUUCUUAAAAUGCUUCCUGCCCACAUCUUUUAGCCUGCUAGCUACAAUGAUUUGUUAUGAUGAGCCUGCUAGCUACGAUUAUAUCUAUUAUUUACUAGUAGUGUGCUGGUUAUGUAUAUAUCAGACAUGUGUGGAAUUUUUUGUUAAUAGUUGGUAAUGUUUAUAUGAUAACUUUCUUGUUGUUUGGAGUCAGCUCGAGCCAGUUUUUGAGGGAACAUUGAGCCUCGAUAGUGCAAAUACAGCAGCUUACCUUGUACUUUCCAUCUCAGCUCCACUUUCUAAGGAUCAUAGAGGAAAACAUAUACCACCACAUUUAUAUUCUUUUGCAGUUACACAUAUAGGGAGGAUCUCUCUUGGUUUGGGUGACAUUAUGGACCAGACUACCCUGUUAACUUAUUUAACCGAGAAGAGCAUAUCAGCCAGCUCUGUGGCAGAAUGCAUACCUGAGGAGCAUCCAAGGUCUCCAGUUGUUCAUGAUAUUCCUAGCCAGGAUGAUAAUAAAAGCAAUACAACUUCAUGGCAGCUGCUACCAUGUGAAUCAAGUGGUAAUAUAGCAGCAACAAUUGUAUCUUACAAUCAAAAUGAUGAUACCGACAUCCUGAAAUACUUGAAUCUUAUACUUGGAAGAGUCAGAGAUAUUUGGUUGUUUGGAAAAUCAAGCUGUAACUCUGAAGCACUGAGAACUCUGAGUGCUUGCAAGGAAGAGGUGUCAAUGUACAGGCCCAACUCCCCUGAAUCUUCUGGUGCAUGUGCAUUUACAUUGCAUUAUGUCCAAGUGGUUAAGAUACUAGCCAAAGUAUCAGGCCACAUUUUCUGUUUUCGACACUCUCACCAAAUAGGCGAGUUGGAGGUCUUACUGAGCAAGUUAGACUACAGACUCAGAGAAAUAAGGUCGAGAUUUAUAGGGUUCUCUAAGGAAGAGGAUUUACAUAUCUUGGAGCUUGUUCUCUUUUCUUGCUUAUUAAAGCUAGCCAAAGGCAAUUUCAGCUGCUGGGGUACUACUUUGACUACAAGGUUGUCGGCCACAAUCUCACAAGUGGAAUCUCUCCUCCAGGAAGGAUCGAUGGAACCGUCUAGCUUUGUCACCCAAGUUAAGCAGACAUUAAACCAGGCCGGCAUUCUCUCCACUGCUCCCCUCUUCUUUAAAAAGUUGGCUGAUACCUUCUCCCUUGGGCAGUUCACUUUAAGGAGUAAGAUUACACAUGUCAGUGCAGAAUUGGUUAUCCCCGGGUAUGGUUCCCACCAUCCUCUACCUUUCAUCCCGGGAUUGCCUGUAGCUAUACCUGUGGACAUCACUUUGCAUAACAUAUCCAGUGAGGGUAGGCUUUGGCUGAGUUUAACAUCAGAUGAUGGUCAGUUGACUCAGUUUCUGUUCUUGGAUCCAAAUCUACAAGUGGUUUCUGUUGGAGCGAAGAUGAAGAAGAAGAUCUCUAUGCCCGCACCCUUUUAUGGACCCCCGAAAGUGAGUUCAUUCAGUUUGAGAGUCUGUCUGGGGAUGGAAUGUACGUCGGAGGAUGUCUGGUUAGCCAAAGGACGUGGUGGUCCGAAACAUCCAUUAGCAUAUCUUUGCCAGAAGAAAGAAGUUUAUCUCCAGAGGGUUGAGAGGAAAUGAACUCGGAGUCUCGUAUGCUUGUCAUUGAGUGUUCAUACAACAACUAUUUACGGCUGCAGGAGCACUGGAGGCUGAGCCUGCGCUCAUUAAAUCUUGGUUUUGAAUUCGGCUCGCCGAGAGUAUUUCCCUCGUGGCCUGUCGGAUAACAUAGCCAAGCUUGCCAUUCGCAGAGCCAGAUGUUGAGGAACGAAUGGUACUUGGUAAGCCAUGCAGACUGGCAUUGCAGUACAGCCCAGAGAAACAAGGAACUGCCCGUCCACUGAAUUGGGCCGUUGUCUUGGGCUCUUGUUCAAGAAUUGGGCCCUACAAGAGUGUUGGUACUACUGGAUCAGGUGAAACACCUGCCUUUUUACUUAGGUCGCUUGUUAAAACACAAGUAUAGAGAAUGUAUCUUGUAUGACUAUUUCCCAAAAGGAUUGUUGAUCAUCACUUACACCAACAAUGUCU